GUUCUCUGACAUGCCAUGCCAUUCUCGCCGCGCCGCCUCCUCCGCCGCCUCCGCAGCAUGCUCCCCUCCGCCGCCCCCGCCGCCGCCGCCGGAGAAGAAGAAGAAGAAGGCGAGCGGCGGCCGUGGGAGCCGCCCUUCGACGCGUCCCAGCCGGCGCCGCCCAUCUCCUACCCCAUCACCACGCUCGCGGCGCUCGCCUCCCGCGCCUACCUCUCCGAGGCCGGCAACUUCCACCUCCCCUUCAACCGCGCCUCCUCCUCGCCCCGGGCCGCGCCGCUCCCGCCCCGGCGCCGCAUCCUCGCGUGCCACGACUUCCGGGGCGGGUACCGCGACGACGCGGCGCCGCAGGGGGGCCACGACCCGGGCGCCUACGCGCUCUGGCACUGGCACCUCAUCGACGUUUUCGUCUACUUCUCACACUACCUCGUCACGCUCCCGCCGCCGUGCUGGGUCAACGCCGCCCACCUCCACGGCGUCAAGGUUUUGGGGACGUUCAUCACAGAGUGGGAGAAAGGUGCAGAGAUCUGCGAGGAGAUGCUUGCUACGGAGGCUUCUGCCCAAAUGUAUGCUGAAAGGCUAACAGAGCUGGCUGCUUACUUGGGCUUUGAUGGCUGGCUGAUCAAUAUUGAGGUUAAACUCGACAUACAAUUCAUUGAUAACCUGAAAGAAUUUAUCAAUCAUCUAACCAAGACAAUGCAUGCUGCUGUUCCUGGAUCAUUAGUCAUAUGGUAUGAUGCAAUUACUAUAAAAGGUGCCCUUGACUGGCAGAAUAAGCUUAACGAGUAUAACAAGCCAUUCUUUGACUUGUGUGAUGGACUGUUUAGCAAUUAUACUUGGAAGGCAAAAUAUCCACAAGAAUCAGCUGUAGUUGCUGGUGAAAGGAAGUACGACGUGUACAUGGGUAUUGAUGUUUACGGACGAAACACUUUCGGUGGUGGUCAGUGGAAUGUAUGUGAAAGGAUCUCCAAAUUUUGUCUCACCAAUGUUGCCCUUGAUCUACUCAAGAAAGAUGAUGUCUCAGCUGCCAUAUUUGCACCUGGAUGGGUAUAUGAAACUAAGCAACCACCUAACUUUCGGACUGCACAAAAUCGUUGGUGGGGUCUUGUUCAAGAAUCAUGGGGUGUUCUUCAGAGUUAUCCAAAACAGUUGCCUUUUUACUCUGAUUUUGAUCAGGGUCAUGGUUACCAGGUAUCAAUUGAAGGGGUCAAAGUUUAUGGUGCUCCAUGGGACAAUAUUUCUUGCCAAAGUUUCCAGCCUAUGCUGAAAUAUGCUGGAGAUCGAGGUCUGCAAACUGUUAUCAAUUUCGAGGAUGAACCAUACAGUGGAGGGAAUUGUGUUACAGUGAAGGGAAGUCUCCAGCAGAAUGAAAUUUUCUCAGAACAGCUUUUUAAUGGGGGCCUUUCCAUGGAGGGGGAAUCUGUAUAUGUGUUUUAUUCAGUAAAAGCCGAUGAACGCUCUGGUUUAGGGUUGUCACUGGAUUUGUCAUCCGGAAACAAUGAGAGCAGUUCCAUUCUUAUUGCUGAUGACACAGCAGCAUUCACAAGAAAGAAACAACACCGAAAAUAUGGCUCAUAUGUUAAAGCUGAUAAGGCAGAACCACACACUCCAGUUCACCAAAAUUGGGUUGUCUACAAAGCAACUAUCCUGCCCAGUGCUGGCUUUACAUUAACUGGGAUCAACAUAGUCUGCACAAUGAAAACCACUAGCGGAACUGAUCCAGAAACAGAUGGAGAUGGAAGCUCAGAAGCAGGUGCAAACAGAUCAUUGCAUUACCAUGCAUCGCUUGGCCAUGUUAGCAUUCGAAACACUGAAGAAACAGAGUUCCCUCCAGCAAGAUCAUGGGUGACGGAAGGCGAUUACAUCUCCUGGUCGAAUGGUUCAGAUGAAUCUAAACUUGCAAGCCUGAAAAUCAGUUGGGAACUUGAAAAUAAACAGCAGGCACCAUUCAUGAAGUACAAUGUCUAUGUUGAGAAGUUAACUGCAGACUCAAAUGCAAAGGCUCCCAGAAUUUUCCUUGGAGUUGCCAGCGUACAAGUCUUCUAUGUAUCUGACCUAGAGGUCCCCAGCGAAGUCACUGCUCUGAAAUUUUUCAUUCAACCGUGUGGGCGUGAUGGGAGUUGCCAAGGACUGCACGAAUGCCCAAAGUUCCAUUUGGUUCCUGUUGAUUCUGCCAUGUAACAUUUAUCUGCCUACCUUGCUGUUUUCAGUACUCUAUGUUUUCACAUCAUUUAUCACGUUAUAUGUUUAUAAACAGAAUCGUUCAAUGUGAUCUUUCAAUAAAGAGUAAAUCAUGUUGUUACCUACUUUCAAA